AUGGUCGACCAAGUCCCGACGAAGCCCCAGAGGCGCCCCUCUUCGCCUGCGAAGAAUGCGUACCUCAUCUUCUACAACUUCGUCUCGGCCGUCGCCUGGUCUGUCGUCCUCGGCAGGACGGUCGCCCUCUUCACGAUGCGCGGCCCUCAAUUCGUCUUCCUCGGCGUCGGCGAUUGGACGCGCUGGACGCAGACUCUGGCCGCCAUGGAGGUCCUUCACGCCCUGCUUGGAGUCGUCCGCGCCCCCGUCUUCACGACGGUGAUGCAGGUCCUCAGCCGCUUCGUCCUCGUCUGGGGCAUCGUCUACCCGUUCCCCCACCUCGCUCGCAGCACCUGGUACUCGUCCAUGCUCCUCGCGUGGAGCGUCACCGAGGUCAUCCGCUACUCAUACUUUGCCCUGAACCUCAGCGGUAUCCAGCCCAAGCCCCUCGUCUGGCUGCGCUACAACACCUUUUUCGUGCUGUACCCGAUUGGUAUCACCAGCGAGUGCGCCCUGAUCUACCUUUCGACCGGCCCCUACGCAAAGCUUAACCCGUUGCUCCCGGCCAUUGGCUACAUGGUUCUGGCCAUCUACGUUCCUGGCUCCUACAUCCUCUACACCUACAUGAUGGCGCAGAGGAGAAAGGUCAUGCGCCAGAUGAAGGCCGACGACUUGGGUCUCUCCAAGACGCAGUGA